UAUAUCAUGAAGUCGGAACCUUCCCUAACAUUGGCUUUUGAUGCUGGUCGAUUGUAAGAGACCAGACCUCGCCGGUGUAAAGUACCUUUGACGACUAGCCCAAAUAUCUGGGAGAACUCCAAGUCAUCUCUUGGCGUACCAAGAUCCUCAAUGCCCGGCGGCGUCUGAAGCUUGGUUCAUCCGUCAGCAACCCUGCAUUUGCACUCGGCUGUCAACUUAUUGGCCUCGACCGUUCUCCAGUGAGUUUUUAUCCGAAGAUAUCAUGGAGUCCGCCAUGUCUGCUGCCAAGAGACCCAAGCUGUCUGGGGACGCUUUGAAGUCGAAUGGAGUCGAGCCGCAACCUGCCUUGAAGUCGCCCCCCGGUGCCGCCAUUGAUUGGGAGGCCAAAUGCCGGCUACUCCAGCUUGACAACGCCAGACUGUCGGAGCAGCUAGCCGAAGCCCAACGACAACUGCAGAAAGCCUCCUCUGAUGUUGCCGCCAAGACUCCAUCUGCAGCCCCAGCCAAGCAGAAAGCGCAAGCGGCGGUCGCGCUGGAGGUGCUGAAGUACACCGCGGAGCAGCACACGGCCUUCCUGCGCGCGGCCAGGAAGGCGCCGGCCAUCGCGUCCCUGGACCUGUCCGCGCUGCGACGCACCACGUCGAGCUACGCCGCCAACAGCAUGGGCCUCAUGGCCCUCUUCAAGCCGCCCAAGUGGCGCCCGGACAAGAAGGUGGACUCGGUGAUCGCGGCGCUGACGGCCGGCCCCGACGACGUGCGCCACCUGGACCUGGGCGACGCCGAGUGGGCCACGGACGACAAGUACGCCAAGGAGCUGGUGAAGCUGCUCCGGAAGUACAAGAAGACCGUCACCAGCUUGAACAUCACCAUGCGGGCCCUGGUGCAGCCCGCCUCUGCCAACAUGAACAAGUCUCAGGCGAAUGCCAUCGACAUCAUCAGUGCCAUGCCCAACCUGACGACCCUCGAGCUGACCGUCACCUCCGUCGACAACCACUUCAGCGCCUACAGCGGUGAAUUCCAGACGCAGAUCGAGCAGUUCGGCAACAAGCGGCCGAAGGUGUGCUUCGCCAAAGUCAAGGAAAUCGAGCUGUAUUUGACCAGGGACUGGUUCGACAAUCAGUUCGGCAGCGUGGACCAGUUCGGCGAGUACGACGAGUUCAGCGACAGUGUGGGUGGCGGCGGCGGCCGGGAGGAGUACGAGGACGACCGGGUGCCCGACCUGCUGCAGCACCGCAAGGACGCCAUCACGCACCUGGACAUGACGGGCUUCAAGAAGACGCGCGUCGCGCUGCCCAUCGUGGACCUGCUGGCGGGGCUCAGCAAGCUGCGCAGCAUCGCCCUGCGCUCGCACUUCCUGCGCAUCGUCGCGGACAUGACGCUGCUGGAGUCGAUGGAGCUCCACGUGGUGGGGGACGUGUCCGCCGCCACGGCCGACGGGCGCGUGUCCGGCGUGCUGGCCGGCCUGACGGAGCUGGAGGUGGCGGUGCCGCCGGCCGCGUCGACCGCCGUGGACGCGGCGCUGGGGGCGCUGGCCGCCAUGUGCGCGCGCCUCAAGAAGCUGAGCCUCAUCGGCAACGGGUGGCGCGACGCCAGCGUGGCCGCCAUGCUGCAGGGCGCCGCCAAGGACUGCCUCGAGGUGGUGCGCCUCUCCAAGUGCGGCGGGGUGCAGGCUCAGCACUUCCCCGCGCUCGCCAAGAUGCCCUGCCUCAAGCACCUGUAUCUCCCAUUCCGACUGCAGGCUGUCUGGCCCGUCGACUCCAAGCGGCCGGAACUCGUCCCAGUGUGGGAGUGACCGUCGCCCAUGUCAGUUUUAUUUUGAGUAGACCGCAGUUUUUCCCUCGUGGCUCUCCUGCGUGUUUGACAAAGCUUAAGUUAAGCUGUUAUCUCUAAUUUUUCUUUGAAGCCUCUUUUCUGAUACUUUGUCUAGCUGAAGAGAUGACGUGUCAAAUAUUAUAAUUUUUAACUGCUCAUUUAUUAUUUUCUGUCUACUUGUGCUUUUUCUUCUGUCAGUAAACUUUUCACAUGAAACCCCG